AUGAACACCUUUCUGCUGUCUGUGCUGUGCCUGCUCGGGGCCUGGGCUGCCCUGGCAGAUGGGGUCACCGUGCAGGAUGGAGACUUCUCCUUUCCUCUGGAGUCAGUGAAGAAGCUCAAGGAUCUCCAGGGGCUCCAGGAUCCUUGGAUUGGGAAGGACAGGAAGGCCAGAUCGGCGAGUAGGUCUGUGGUUCCCGUCCUCUGCAGCUACCCAGAGUUUCCCAAAGAACUCGAGCCUGUCUGCAAAGAGCCCAAUGCACAGGAGAUCCUACAGAGGCUGGAGGCUAUUGCUCAGGAACCAAGCAUGUGUGAGAUCUGUGCCUACGCUGCCUGUGCCGGAUGCUAGGGCCGCCAUGGGCCUCGCUACCUUCUUCCCU